GCCCAGCGUCUCGUCGCGUACCAGGAAAUAAUCCCGACAACAACGCAAUACAACUUUACUUUCGUUUUGGACCGCGGGGACAUUUUAACGUCUUAUUCGAACAAAGAUAUAAUAACUGUUCUACUACGUUACCGUCUGAAGGAGAAAUCAUGAAAACAACUGUUAACGCAGUCUGUGUUGGUCUACUGUGCCUCCUCGCCACUUCAAUGGCCAAACAUUCCCCACCUGAGGUCCAGGUGUACAGCCGUUCACCAGGGAUAUACGGCAGUCCCAACACCCUGAUCUGUCAUGUGACUGGGUUCCACCCACCAGAAAUCAUCAUUGAGCUGCUCAAGAAUGACAAAGUGAUUCCUGGAGCCGGGCAGACUGACCUGGCCUUCGAGGAGAGCUGGAGCUACCAUCUGACCAAACAUGUGCCCUUCACCCCAAACAAAGAUGACCACUAUGCCUGCAGAGUGACUCACUUGGGGAAAGUGAAACAAUACAUUUGGGAACCAGAUAUGUAGGUUCUUUGCUCCACCCUGCUUCAGGUCUGCUCAGGCUCAACAUGACGAUGAAGAAGAUUGGAAAGUUUCGUCCGGUUUUGAGUUUAAGCUUCAGCAAAUGAGAGAAAAACAGCACUUAAUGUGUUUCUGUAUCAGAAAUUCCAAAUGACAGUAAAUCUCCAUGAAAUAGUUUGCUGUGAAAAGGGCCGAAUCACUCCAAAACUCACAGCAGCAAGCCUUACAAUGACCAGGAAAAAAGAAAAGAAGGCACAAUAAAUGCGAAUGCUUCUUCUCGCUGUUUUCCUCUCUCUCUUGCUUUAUCUGUACCUGCCGGCUCGCACCGUACACAAACAAAGAGAUUUACAAAUAUGAGCUUAUUCACUUUAACAAUCAUAAAUUGACCUCUUCUGGCAAAAAGAUGUUUAAAAUAUCAAAAUCAAUUUAAUACAUUCAUGCUUUAUUAUUAGAAUAUUAAGUCCUAAUGACUAACAUGUCAGCAAACACAUCCAGUAGAAACAUAACAAUGUGUAUAUGACAUUUACCGUAGUAAAGUAGUAAUGUCAACAACGCGAUAGUAUCCCUAAAAACAAGCGUGAUUUUAACAUUGGAUGAAGCGUUAUGUAACUGAGCUACAUGUGUAUGUCGAGCAGAACCGCUGAUGUGGAUGUAAAAAUUGUGUAAAUACGUUCUUCUCUAUGUGUUAGUCUGUUAUUGUGCAAUGAGCCAGAAACAGCUUUGUAAUUCUCAAAAAUAAUGUGCAAGAACAAAAUGUUAAGUUAGGUUUUAGUCGCCUUGAUGCAGUGGAUUUCAGCAUGUGCUGUUAGACACAAUGGUUAAUGGCUGAAUGGCUAGUGACCUGUCAGCUGUGAACUUGUGGCUGCCCACAAAAAAAAACAAAGUAGCACAAACCUUGUCAUUUUGGAGAAUCAUUUGAUUUAAUAUUCAUGUGAAAAAUUUUGCUUCAUGGAGCUUUCUGAUAACUUUAUUAAUGAUUAGCAUCUCUGUGUGUGUAAUCCAGUGGUUCUCAAAGUGAGAUCUGGGGAAUCAUUUAUUUCCACUAUAUUAUAAGGGUCCUUGAUGUGAUAAAACGUUGAGAACCACUGUCAUCUAAUCUAAUCUAUGCCAAGUGCUAAAUGCUAAGAUACAUAAAUAGUUUUUUAAGCACUGUUUUAUCUUACUGAAUAUCAAGAGUGGAUUAGGCUUUUUAUUUUCCCCUUAAGAUUUAUUUUACAGAAUGACUUGAGCACUUUCUUGUUCUGUUUGUGAAGGAGAUAAGUUCAGCAUAAAAACUAUGAGGCUCAUAUUGAUUUUUAAUGUAUUUUACAAUAUUGUUGGGUAAUUAAAGAGUUAGUGACUCUGAAAGUGA